GCACACAAGGACCUGCUCUGCUGCUGAUUGUUUUCUAUACACUUUGAGCACUAAAACUUCAGAAGCUGUAAAGAUGCCUGGUAUCUUUGCCAAAUGUGCAGUCGCAGCACUGCUACUGGCUGUAGCCUGGGCAGACCACCACCAUCACAGACAUGACCACCACCACAGACAUGACCACCACCAGGACCAUGGCUCUGAGCAUAGAUAUAAGUGCAAACUGAGCGCUCCCAAUGCUGACUUCGCCUUUGCCCUCUACAAAAGUCUGAAGGCCAAGGCUCCUGCUGGAAAGAACAUCUUCUAUUCACCGCUGGGCAUCUCCACCGCCCUGUCUAUGCUGUCUACAGGAGCCCAUGGUGAAACCCACAGCCAGCUGUUCUCCAGCCUGGGCUACAGCACUUUAAACCAGACUCAGGUCAAUGAAGGGUACAAAUAUCUCAUGCAUGUACUUGGCCACAAUGAGCAGUUGAAUGUUGGAAAUGCUGUGGCCCUGCACUCUGACUUCAGUCCACUGGAGACGUUCCGGAAUGAUGUCAAGCGAUACUACUCUGGUGAGAUCUUCACUUUCAACGCAACUGAACCUGAUGAAGCUGUCGCUGAGAUCAACACAUACAUUGCUAAUAAAACCCAGGGCAAGACAAGGGAUAUGGUGCAGAGCCUGGGCCCUGAUUUGGCCAUGGUGAUUAUUAACUAUGUCUACUUCAAAGCACAGUGGGAGACACCCUUCAGCAGUCACCAGACACACAAGGCAGACUUCCAUGUAAAUGAGACCACCAAAGUUUCAGUGGACAUGAUGGUGAGGUCAGGUCAAACACUAUACUACUAUGAUGCUGACAAUCACACCACUGUCGUCAGUCUGCCCUACAAGGGCAAAACCAAGAUGAUGAUCAUCCUGCCUGAUGAAGGCAAGGCGAAGGAGGUGGAGGGCUUCAUCAGCAAGGAGCACAUCAAGGACUGGCAUCACUCAUUGUCCAAGCGUCAUAUGGAACUAUACCUGCCAAAAUUCUCCAUCUCGGCCGAUGCCUCCCUGGAGGACACACUGCAAGAAAUGGGCAUAACCGAUGCUUUUGGGCCUAACGCUGACUUUUCUGGUGUGUCUGACAAGAAGCUUAAAGUCUCAAAGGUGUCCCACAAGGCUGCGCGGAGUGUGACAGAGAUGGGAACAGAGGCAACAGCUGUGACGGGCGUCCAGAUGAUGGCCUUAAAUCCGCCAUUGGUAAUCUCACUCAACAGACCCUUCAAGGCUAUCCUCAAUGAUCAUUCUGGGAGCAUCCUCUUCAUGGCCCAGAUCAACAACCCUACAGCCAAGUAAAGGCACACACUAGGAAAAAUCACAGACACCAUCAUAAAGAUCCCAUCAUUAUCAGAAUCAUUGAUUUGUUUUUUUAAUCUGUCAUACUGAGAUUGUAGCAUGAAAUGUUCUUCUUUGCAGGAGAAAUUUUACUGGUCUCAGAACGGAAGUGAUUUUAAAAUAUUUUGUUGAGGUAAAAGAAUUUGUUUGAGUGAUUGCACAGCUAGUGUUAAAAUAUACAGAUAAUAGUGUGCCAUGUUGGGCUAAUACUAGAAAAAAAUCAAACAAUACAUAGAUUAAGAUUAUUUAGGUCUGAUUAAAUAGUGUUAUUUCAUUUCACACAAUACCUGUUGGGUUAUUAUUUUCUCAAACCUGACUGAUGUUAUGUCCAUAUUUGAUCAUAAAUUUAAAAUUUGUUGUGGCCUGUACCUGACACAUUAGACAGUAUUAUAAAUAAAUGUGGAUCAGUUAGAAGAAAACAUUCUAUAGCACCAUUUAUUGGCCAGAUCCUUGUGGUUUAACCAUUAAUCUUAUGUAAUCUGUGAUACAGUAGAGAGAAACUGUGUAACAUGAUAACCAUCAGCCUCACAGAACACGCCAUACUUGUAUGCCAAUAGUAUGUCAAUAAA